CAGGCACGCAUGUGCGGUUGCCGCCCAGCCGGGGCUGAGGAGUGCGGCGUGGCCAUCGCGAUACUUCGGCGGUCGGGACCCCAUCUUGCCCGCCUUCGUUGCGUAGGUUUCGAGCCCGCCGGCCGGUUGGAAGUGAGGAGGAGCUUCCAUCCCGGCAGAAGCUCCCUCUGGGGCACGUCGAGGAGUGCGUGAGGGUCUCCCGGAUUGAUUUAAAUUAAAGAUGGACUGGACUGGAAAACAUAACGGGCCAAAUGAUACAACCAAUGAUGGAACAGUGGUACGACUUCGAGGCCUGCCAUUUGGUUGCAGCAAAGAAGAGAUCGUUCAGUUUUUCCAAGGGUUGGAAAUCGUGCCAAAUGGGAUAACAUUGACGCUGGACUACCAGGGGAGAAGCACAGGGGAGGCCUUCGUGCAGUUUGCUUCAAAGGAGAUAGCAGAAAAUGCUCUGGGGAAACACAAGGAAAGAAUAGGGCACAGAUAUAUUGAAAUCUUCAAAAGUAGUAAGAGCGAAAUCAGAGGAUUCUCUGACAUGCCAAGAAGAAUGAUGGGACAGCAACGACCUGGACCAUAUGAUAGACCAUUAGGAGGAAGAGGGGGUUAUUAUGGAGCUGGGCGUGGAAAUGUGUAUGACAGAAUGCGUCGAGGAGGUGGUGGAUAUGAUGGUGGAUACGGUGGCUUUGAUGAUUAUGGUGGCUAUAAUAACUAUGGCUAUGGAAAUGAUGCCUAUGAUGACAGAAUGAGGGAUGGGAGAGGCAUGGGAGGACAUGGCUAUGGAGCAACUGGAGAUGCAGGAUCAAGUUUUCAUGGUGGCGGUCAUUUUGUUCACAUGAGAGGACUGCCCUUCCGAGCAACAGAAAAUGAUAUUGCUAAUUUUUUCUCGCCGUUGAACCCCAUAAGAGUGCACAUUGAUAUUGGGGCAGAUGGAAGAGCCACAGGCGAGGCAGAUGUGGAAUUUGUAACACACGAGGAUGCAGUAGCUGCCAUGUCUAAGGACAAAAACCACAUGCAGCAUCGAUAUAUUGAACUCUUCCUGAAUUCAACUGCUGGAGGUGGCUAUGGCAGAGAUGGAAUGGAUCAAGGUUACGGCCCAGUUGGUAGAAUGGGAAUGGGUAACAAUUACGGAACUCCUGAUGGCUUGGGCGGAUACAGGCAUGUCACUGGAAAUGGUGGAGGAUACUAUGGGCAAGGCAUUAUGGGUGGAGGUGGAUGGCGUGGAAUGUAUUAAAAGAAUACAUUCCUUGCUUCUGCAGAACAUCUUGGAAGAAACAGUCUCUGGUCUACUAGACUUUCUUACAAAAUUUAAUUUCUUUUGUAUUUUAAGAACUUUAUAAUGACUGAAGGAAUGUGUUUUCACAAUAUUAUUUGGUAAGCAACAGAUUGUGAUGGGGAAAUCUGUUUUCUGUAGGUUUUAUUUGUUGCAUACUCUGACUUUAAAUAAAUUUUUAUAUUCAAACCACUGAUGUUGAUACUUUUUAUACUAGUUACUCCUAAGGAUGUAUUACAUAUUCAAGACUACAGUCGGUUUAAGAUGUUGUACUUUGGUUCAAUAAAGGUGGUUGUACUGUAACUCCUAUGAACACUGAUUCAGUUCUAUGUAAUCUUGGUGUAGUGAAUGAGUUUGAAAAAUUCACUUGUUUAAGGGGAAAAAGGUAGAUGAAUAGAUUAGUUUAUUUGGUAACAACCUUUCCUAAACUCUUUUGAUAAGUUGUAUGUAAUAAUUGCAACACAGUGUAAAGCUGUGGAGGCUAAAAUCAUUGUUCCAGCUCUUCCUUGUACUACCAGAAGCUGCCAUCAUCUGCAAAUGCACAACCACAUCAAUAAGUAGUGCCCAGGUAACGUGCCUCCACAGAACCACGCCACAGUUACUUCCUGCUUUGCUGUAGAACUUUAGAUACUGCGUUUCACAUGUGUUACUUGCAAAGCAAACUAAACAUGAGCACAGCUUUUAGCUAACAUGAAAUAGGUCAAGUACUAGUUACUUUAAGGCUUAGCUAUGUAGUUUCAUUUUUCACAAAAAAUGACUUGGGAAAGUGGGGAAUUUGGAAGCACGACUUUUUCUUCCAUGAAAUUACUGUAUUUAAACAUGAUUCAGCCUUUCUGCUGCACAGAGCUUAUCUGCAUUUGUUCCAAAUUUGACAAGUCAUAAUCUAGAUGAGCUCAUUAGAAGCAAAGAUAACUAAGCCGAUACUUGUUAAAUAACACACAACCCAAACACAUUGAUAAACUUAUUGUGCAAUUGUAACAUGUAAGAUAUGUAAGAAACCAUUGUUUGAAGACAACAUAUCUGAUGUGUAAUGAAAAAGGUAUUCUGAGCCAGUGUGAUCUCCCAUAUUAACUGCUUUGUCCUUGAUGCCUCCCUUACAAAUGUCAAAUGUGAUCUUGGGUAUUGAAAGUCUGUCACCUGUUUUGCUAGUACUGUGUUAUAUAUGUAAUAAAUGUCUUAUUGUGGGA